GACACACAAGCAGGAAUAUCUCAGAAGGACAUCUAAUGUUUUCCCCGGAUUGUGACAUAAAAGAUAAUGACAGCAGACAGGAUUCUCCAGGAUAUAACCCCAUUACCCCAAUUAUACAUCCAGGUCUAUCCGCUGAUUCCUCUGAUCCUGAGAAAUGUUCUCCUGAUCACUCUGAUUUUGGUGCAUCUGUUACAGCUCUGAGAGUAGAUACAGUGUUUCCCUGUUCUAUAGAUGCCAAAUGUUUUACACAGAACACAAAGCUUAUUACCCAUCAGCCAGCUAAGGCAGGGGUGAGGCCAUUUCCAUGUUCUGAGUGUGGGAAAUGUUUUACAUACAAAUCAGCUCUUGUUACACAUCAGAGAAGACACACAGGUGAGAAGCCAUUUCCAUGUUCUGACUGUGGAAAAUGUUUUGCAUGGAAAUCACAACUUGUUACACAUCAGCAAAGUCACACAGGUGAGCAACCAUUUCCAUGUUCUGAGUGUGGGAAAUGUUUUGCAUGGAAAUCACAACUUGUUACACAUCAACAAAGUCACACAGGUGAGAAGCCAUUUUCAUGUCCUGAGUGUGGGAAAUGUUUUGCACAGAAAUCAGAUCUUGUUAGUCAUAACAGAAGUCACACAGGUGAGAGGCCAUUUCCAUGUUCUGAGUGUGGAUUUUUUUUUGCACAAAAAUCACAUCUUGUUAAACAUCAGAGAAGUCACACAGGUGAAAAACCAUUUUCUUGCACUGAGUGUGGGAAAUGUUUUUCACAGAAAUCAGAUCUUGUUAGACAUCAGCGAAGUCACACAGGUGAGAAUCCAUUUCCAUGCUCUGAGUGUGGGAAAGGUUUUGCACACACAUCAGCUCUUCUUAUACAUCACAGAAGUCACACAGGUGAGAAGCCAUUUCCAUGUUCUGAGUGUGGGAAAUGUUUUGCACAAAAAUCAGAUCUUGUUAAACAUCAGAGAAGUCACACAGGUGAGAAGCCUCUUUCUUGCUCUGAGUGUGGGAAAUGUUUUACACGGAAAUCACAACUUGUUAUACAUCAGAGAAGUCACACAGGUGAGAAUCCAUUUCCAUGCCAUGAAUGUGGGAAAUGUUUUGCACACAAAUCGGAUCUUAUUAGUCAUAACAGAAGUCACACAGGUGAGAAUCCAAUUACUUGCUCUGAGUGUGGGAAAUGUUUUACGUGGAAAUCACAACUUGUUAUACAUCAGAGAAGUCACACAGGUGAGAAGCCAUUUCCAUGUUCUGAGUGUGGGAAAUGUUUUGCACACAAAUCAGAUCUUGUGAAACAUCAGAGAAGUCACACAGGUGCAAAGCCAUUUUUGUGCUCUGAGUGUGGGAAAUGUUUUACACAGAAAUCACAUCUUGUUAGACAUCAGCAAAGUCACACAGGUGAGAAUCCAUUUCCAUGCUCUGAGUGUGGGAAAGGUUUUGGACACAAAUCAGCUCUUGUUAUACAUCACAGAAGUCACACAGGUGAGAAGCCAUUUCCAUGUUCUGAGUGUGGGAAAUGUUUUGGACAAAAAUCAGAUCUUGUUAAACAUCAGAGAAGUCACACAGGUGAGAAGCCUCUUUCUUGCUCUGAGUGUGGGAAAUGUUUUACACGGAAAUCACAACUUGUUAUACAUCAGAGAAGUCACACAGGUGAGAAUCCAUUUCCAUGCCCUCAAUGUGGGAAAUGUUUUGCAUACAAAUCAGAUCUUAUUAGUCAUAACAGAAGUCACACAGGUGAGAAUCCAAUUACUUGCUCUGAGUGUGGGAAAUGUUUUACAUGGAAAUCACAACUUGUUAUACAUCAGAGAAGUCACACAGGUGAGAAGCCAUUUCCAUGUUCUGAGUGUGGGAAAUGUUUUGCACACAAAUCAGAUCUUGUUAAACAUCAGAGAAGUCACACAGGUGCAAAGCCAUUUUCUUGCUCUGAGUGUGGGAAAUGUUUUGCACACAAAUCAGCUCUUGUUAUACAUCACAGAAGUCACACAGGUGAGAAGCCAUUUCCAUGUUCUGAGUGUGGGAAUUGUUUUACACGGAAAUCACAACUUGUUACACAUCAGAGAAGUCACACAGAUGAGAAGCCAUUUUAAUCUUCUGGAGUAUACUUAUCAUUGCCAUGCGUUGUUCUUCAAAGUUCUUAUCCUAUCUCCUAUGCUUUUUGAAAUAAUACAUGCUACCGCAGGGUGAAAUAAUCAGAUGUCAUGCCCUCAUCUACCUCUGCUAUACAGAUCUGUCUUUUGCUCCGGGUACUGAGAACCCAGUACCAAUCCUAAAUGUCUAGCUGAUCUCCAAGUGUGGGUGAUGCCAGUUGGCUGUGACUCAGUCCUGGUGAAACAGGUCCUUAUGAUAGAAGCUCACCAACAAAGGGCAGGGCUACAGCUCAACUUUGCGAACAAACCAGGCUUGCGCUUGGGGGUUCAGAGUUACAAAAUGCUGAUAAUGGGGGUCAUUCCGAGUUUGUUCGUUGCCGAUUUUCGCUAUGCUGUGAUUAGUUGCAAAUUGCGCAUGCGGAAGGCACGCAGGGCGCAUGCGCUUAGUUAUUUAACACAAAACUUAGCAGUUUUGCUGUGGCUUCUGCAGCGCUUUUCAGUCGCACUGGUGUUCGGUAAAUGAUUGACAUGAAAUGGGCGUUUCUGGGCGGUGCAAGUCUGCGUUUGCAAAAAAACACAGGCGUUUCAGGGAAAAACGCGGGCCGAACGCAGGGUGUGUUUGUGACGUCAAACCAGGAACUAAACAGACUGAGCUGAUCGCAAUUCGUGAGUAGGUCCGCAGCUACUCAGAAACUGCAAAUAAUUAUUUAGUAGCAAUUCUGAUAAUCUUUCUUCCGCAAUUCUGAUAAGCUAAGAUACACUCCCAGAGGGCGGCGGCCUUGCAUGACCAUGGUAUCAGAAGCAGCUUCUGCCUCCGUACUGCCCUGGUUUCUUCCAUCUGUUGAUGAAGGACUUAGUAGUACCAUAAAUUCCCAAUCAGUGCUUAGAUGUCGGGGAGACAGAAUGGGGGGCAGUAGUGCAGUAGCGGGGGGCUGCUGGAGGCAGUGUCUAAGUGGGUAAUAUUGUCCCCAAGCAGCGCUGAGCAGAGAGACAGGGCAGGAGGCAGUAGUGGGAGCUGCUGGAGGCAGUGUCUAUGUGGGUAAACAUCCGCAAGCAGGGCUGAGGUGUCAGAGUGGGGAGACAGGGCAGGUGGCAGUAG